ACGACUCUAUAUAAUCUUCGAAAAAUAAUAAAUUCGAAAUUAAACUAAUUUUAUAAUUAAAAAAACAAUAAAUUUCAUUAAAUUUAAUUUUAAAAUAAAAAAUAAAAUUUUUAAUUUAAAAAAUUGAAUAUUUUAAUUAAAAAAUUCAUAAAAGAAAAGGAUAACAAACGUUUACUCUAAAGAGAACCAAGUUCUUGGAUUAACAAUUUUUUUUUUUUGGGAUUACAUACACGCACACUAAGAGGACAUUCAAUUUUUUUUGUUCAUUUUUGAAAAAAAUAAAAAUGAAAGCGCUUAUUGUAACCAUUUUAUUGACUGCAAACUGUUGGGCUGCCAAAUUAGAUAAUAAAUAUUUACCACCAGCUAAUGCAGGUGGAGCUGCUGGAGGUCCUGGGUUAGCUGCUCCUGGUGGUGGUGGUGGUUUCGGAGGUGGCCGUGGCCCUGGUGGAAGACCAGGUGGUGGAGGAGGCGGCGGUGGUGGUGGCGGAUUUGGUGGUGGAGGCGGCAAUGGUGGAUUAGGUGGUGGUGGAAGACCAGGUGGUGGUGGAAGACCAGGUGGUGGUGGUGCUGGUGGUGGUGGUGGAUAUGGCGGUGGUGGUGGUGGCGGCGGAAAUGCCGGUUUAGGUGGAAUCGGAAGACCCGGGCCAGUUCCCGGUCCAGGAAGUGGUUUUAGUGGUGGUGGCAGACCAGCAGCACAACCACAACAACCGUCUGGUCCCGUUAUAGAAAUUUUGUCAUUUGAAAAUGAGCCACCAUUAGAUGGUAGCUAUAGAUUUAGUUAUGAAACUGCAAAUGGUAUUAAAGCACAAGAAGAAGGUGAAUUAAAAAAUAAAGGAUCAGAUAAUGAAAUACAAUCGGUGGCAGGAUCAUUUUCAUAUACAGCUCCGGAUGGUCAAGUAAUCAAUAUUCAAUAUACAGCAGAUGAAAAUGGUUUUGUACCUCAAGGAGAUCAUAUUCCAACACCUCCACCAAUUCCAGAAGCCAUAAGAAAAGCAUUACAAGCACAAGGCAUUGAUCCCGACAAUUAUGCCACAGCUGGUGGUGCUGGAGGCGGCGGCGGUGGUGGUGGUGGAUAUGGAGGUGGUGGCGGAGCUGGAGGAUAUGGAGGUGGUGGUGGAGCUGGCGGAAGACCAGGAAGCGGCGGGGGUUAUGGUGGUGGUGGACCUGGUGGACCAGGAGGACCAGGUGGGCCAGGCGCACCAGGUGGACCAGGUGGACCUCGAGGACCCGGGGGACCAGGAGGACCAGGUGGACCUCGAGGACCUGGAGGACCAGGUGGGCCAGGCGGUCGAGGACCUGGAGGCCCUGGCGGCCCAGGCGGUCCAGGAGGUAGACCUGGAGCUGGUGGAAGACCCGGUGGUGGUGGCGGUGCAGGUGGCGGAGGAGGAUUUGGCGGCGGUAGACCAGGUAGCGGAACUUUCGAUCCACAAUCAGGAUAUAAUUAUUAAAAAAAAUUAAUUUU